AUGAUUUGUAUAGAAUGUUGCCAGCCCGUCGACAAUCUAUACUUUCAAUCAAAAAAUGGGUACAUCAAGCUUACCAUAUGCUCCAAAUGCAAUCAGGUAGUAGACAAGUACGUUGAAUUUGAUAAAGUAGUGUUGUUUAUUGACUUGCUCCUAUUGAGACCAAAUGCUUAUAGACAUCUGAUGUACAACUCACUCAUUCCAACCCAGAACCAAGACGAGAAACAUUUCCAGCCACAAAUAUACACAAGAGUUUUUCGUAUAUGGAUGCUAUUGUUGCUGUUCGAAGUUUACGUUAAUUGGGCAUAUGAAGAGAAAAGUUAUAGCUCAUCUCAGCAUUCUAUUGUCAAAGAACUUGUCCUCAAAGAUUUUUCCAUUGCUUCACAAUAUUUGUUCUUCUUCUUCAAAUCAGUUUUAGAUCUAGUUUCCAGUCAUAUAGCAAUGCAACUUUUGAUUAGAUACUGGUUGAAAUUCCCUGAUCCUUCCUAUUUUCAGGAGUAUCCAAAGUAUUUCUUCCCAGUGGUAAUCUCUUUCACAAUCUGCAUUUCAAGUAUCAUCAGGUUAUUUCCGAUAGCUAUGUUGAUUUGGCCUUAUGACAUUCAAGCAUUGAAAUUGACCAAAAGUGCCAUAAAUUUUGUUAAUAAUUUCAUCACAAUUGACUGUUUGAACACAAUACUCAUAAAUAAUAAUUCUAAGUCACAUUGGAAACUGUUGGCAAUCGUAACCUGGAGCAACUAUGUCAAAGCUUUGACAAGCAGGCUGCUGGUUUGUUUUUUUAUUAGUCGCUUGUAUUCUUACAGUUUCAGUUCUCUUAUACAAAAUGAUUAUGAUCACAGCAUGGGACUUUUGUCCAGUUUGCGUGACGCCUUAUCCGAAUUGAGUCUAAGUUAA